AUGUCACUAUCUUUAAGGAGAUUUUUCAUCCAAAAACGUACAUUAACAACGUUUUACGAGUUAUUUCCAAAAACUUUCCCUGAUAAGAAACCAAUAUGGUCGAUAGAUCAAACUAAACUUCGAAAAGAAUACAGAGCUUUACAAGCUCAACACCAUCCAGAUAUGGUAAAGGAAGGAGAAAUUGAUAAACAAUCUACUCUACUUAAUAAGGCAUACCAUGUAUUGAAAGAACCAUUGAGAAGAUCUCAAUAUAUGAUUAAACUUUUACAUGAUAUAGAUUUGACUCAAGAUUCCGUUAAGGAAAAGAUUACUAAUAGCGAUCCUGAUAUUUUAAUGAAAGUUAUUGAUAUUCAUGAGCAAUUAAUGGAAAUAGAAGAUGAAAAUGACGUUAACAAAGUUCGUCAAGAAAAUCAAGAACGAAUCGAUGCUAUUGAGAAAAAAUUAACCGACGCUUUUGAAAGAAAAGACUUUGAUACUGCUAUUAAACUGACUGUUGAGCUUAAAUAUUGGUCAAAUGUUGCUUAUGCUAUUAAAGAGUGGGCCCCUGGUAAAGAAAUACAUUUGAACCAUUGA